AUGGACGCUCCACGGACUGCGUCAUCAGCUUCGACGUCCCCUCCAGUCUACGAUGCUGGAGACCAUCCGUCGAUCGCCGCCGUCGGCGGUGAGAUUAAGCUGCCCCCCUUCUGGACCAAGAAUCCCCGGGCCUGGUUCUCCCAAGUUGAGGCGCGAUUUGCACUUCGGCAUAUUUCGUCCCAACUUACCAAGUACCUCAACGUUGUGUCCGCGCUGCCCAUGGAGAUCGCCGAACAGGUUGAUUACCUCUUAGCUUCGCCACCGCCUGACAACCCCUACGAUCGGCUGAAGGAGGCUAUUCUUUCCCGCACUGAAUGCAUCGAGCAAUCCCGGCUCCGCCAACUUCUAUCCGAGGAAGAACUGGGUGAUCGGCGGCCAACCCAAUUACGGCACCGAAUGAAGCAGCUCCUCGGAGACUCGGCUGAUGCUCAGCCCUCGAUCCUGCGGGAGCUCUUCCUCCAGCGGCUCCCACAGCAAGUCCGCUUGGUACUGGCCGGACCUGACGAGGUCUCUCUCGAUAACCUUGCCCAGUUGGCGGACCGCAUCAUCGACUACUCCGCCCCAUCUGCGCCACCUUUCACACGGGCUGAGAACAUCGCGGCUGUUUCCCCGUCUGAUCGUACGCUCCUUGCCCUACAAGCACCUUUCUGGUCGCCCACGGUACCGACGCUCUCAUUCUCGUCGGCGCCGAUCCCCUUCCCGCAGCCCGGCCUCCCAGGGGGAUCUAUGCUAUUAUCACCAGAAGUUUGGCGACCGUGCCCUCAAGUGCACUCAGCCGUGCUCCUGGACGGGAAACUCGGGGGCCAGUCGAUAGCGGCGGCCUACGACUCUGGCCCACCGGCAAGCCAUCUGUUCUUCAUCACCGACCGGGUCGCGGGCCAUCGGUUCUUGGUGGAUACGGGUGCCGAGGUCAGCCUUGUGCCUCCUACACGGGCCGACCGAGUCCACGGCAAGUCCUCCGCCACCCUCCAAGCCGUGAACGCCUCAUCGAUCUCUACCUUUGGUCUGCGGUCCCUUGCCAUUGACAUCGGCCUGCGAAGACUCUUUCGGUGGGUCUUCAUAAUCGCCGACGUACCCCACCCUAUCCUCGGCGCUGACUUCCUCCAGCAUUUCGCACUCGACAUCAGUCUCUCGCGCAGGAAAUUGACAGACACCCUGACCACCCUUUCGGUGUCUGGUUCGCCCGCGCUGCAGACUUCUACGGGCAUUCGUACUGUGCUGCCUGCGUCCCGCUACGCCGCUAUUCUCGCUGAUUUUCCCGCUGUGACCAAGCCGUGCAACCUUGAGGUUACGCCCACGCACUCAGUCAUGCACCACAUCCAGACCACCGGACCACCCGCAGUAUCACGCCCCCGUCGGCUCUUCGGUGAGCGUCUCCAGAUUGCUCGCCGUGAAUUUGACCACAUGCUGCGGCUGGGGCUCAUCCGUCCAUCGUCCAGCCAAUGGUCAUCACCGCUACAUAUGGUACCGAAGAAGGACCCCGGCGAUUGGCGGCCUUGCGGCGACUAUAGAGCCCUGAAUUCCCGCACAGUACCAGACCAGUAUCCCUUGCCGCACAUCCACGAUUUCACCAGUGGCCUUGCUGGUGCGACCACCUUCAGCAAGAUCGAUCUGGUCAAGGCCUACCACCAGAUCCCGGUAGCGCCCGAGGACAUUCCGAGGACCGCCAUUAUCACACCGUUUGGCCUCUUCGAAUUCGUCCGAAUGCCGUUCUGUCUUCGGAAUGCUGCACAGACGUUCCAGCGCUUUAUGAACGAAGUCAUACGAGGUCUUCCUUUCGUGUUUGCGUAUCUGGAGGACCUACUCAUUGCCAGCAAGUCUCCUGAGGAACACGAAGCACACCUGCGCCAGCUGUUCCAGCGCCUGCACGACAACGGCCUUGUCAUCAAUCCCGGCAAAUGCCUUUUCGGCGUUCCGUCUUUGGAAUUCCUCGGCCACAGCGUGUCGGCGGACGGCAUUUCACCGCUCCCGUCCAAGGUACAAGCCAUUCAAGACUUCCCCGUGCCUUCUUCACUGCGGAAGCUCCGCGAGUUUCUCGGCCUCGUAAACUUCCAUCGCCGUUUCAUCCCACACUGUGCCGACCUCUUGCGGCCCUUGACCGACCUGCUUCGUACGCACACCAAGGCGAACUCCCCUCUGACUCUCUCCUCAGAGGCUCUCACUGCCUUCCACACCAUCAAGGCGGCCCUUGCUUCAGUCGCCAUGCUCGUACACCCGGUGUCUUCGGCCCUUACACGCCUAAUGGUGGACGCCUCAUCUCAUGCCGUUGGCGCCGUUCUCCAGCAGCAGCAGUCCGGCGAUGAUUGGGCCCCCUUGGCUUUCUUCUCUCAGCGGCUCAAGCCAUCCGAAGAGAGGUAUAGCACCUUUAGCCUAGAACUCCUCGCCAUCUACUACGCUGUGAGGCACUUCCAGCAUUACCUCGAAGGCCGGCGGUUCUACGUUCUCACGGACCAUAAACCUCUUACGUUUGCCUUCAAGUCCAACCGUGACACAUACUCCCCGACCGACCUCCGUCGUCUCUCUCUCAUCUCGGAGUACACCACCGACAUCCGCUUCGUUCGUGGUGAUCAGAACGCUCCGGCUGACGCACUGUCACGCCUCGAGGGUGCCACGUGUUCGGCUGCCUUGACCUUCGACACUCUGGCCGCCACGCAAGCGGGAGAUCCUACGCUUAGUCACCUUCUCUCAGACACGUCCAAGCACUCCCUACAGCUUCAGAAGGCGCCUCUACCCUUUUCGUCGUCUGACAUAUGGUGCGACCUCUCCGGCCCCGUUCCCCGUCCCUACUUGCCGCCCUCCCUACGCUUCCCUACCUUUCAAGAUCUUCAUAACACCAGCCAUCCUGGGAUCCGUGCCACGCAGCGACUAUUGUCAUCUCGCUUUGUGUGGCCGGGAAUGAACACGGACGUUCGACGUUGGACGAGGGCUUGCAUCGCUUGCCAAAAGGCCAAGAUCACACGUCACACCAAGACACCCGUACACCCCUUCACCUUGCCUGACGCACGGUUUCAGCACCUUCAUGUCGACCUCGUUGGUCCAUUACCCCCGUGCCACGGCCAUCGCUACCUUCUUACUAUCGUGGACCGCUAUACACGAUGGCCGGAAGCUGUUCCCCUUCCCAAUGCGACUGCAGAUACCGUGGCGCACGCCCUCCUCUCUGCCUGGAUCGCACGGUACGGCUGCCCCGCCCGCAUUACCACCGACCAGGGACGGCAGUUCCAGAGUGCCCUCUUCAGGCGACUCAUGGCGCUCCUCGGCAUUCACCAUCUGCGGACCACAGCCUACCACCCCGCUGCAAACGUCUUGCUGGGCAUUCGCUCCGCCCUGAAGCACGACCUUGCCUGCUCUGCCGCAGAGUUGGUUUUCGGCACGACUCUGCGCUUCCCCGCUGACUUCUGGUGCCCCGGUCAAGCUGAGCAGCCUGUUCCCCCGGCCGACUAUGUCCACGGCCUCCGACGCUUCUUCCGUCAGCUUGCUCCGACCCCUCCGCGCCUGCCCACCACUGUCCCGGUUUUUGUUCCACAAGACCUCAAGUCCUGCACACAUGCCUUCCUGCGUCGUGACGCCGUUCGCCGUCCCCUGGCCCCUCACUACGACGGCCCCUUCCGUGUGCUGUGCCGGUCUGACAAGACGCUUAUCCUCGACAUGGCCGGACACCAACAGGUGGAGUCGUUAGACCGGGUGAAGCCUGCUUACAUGGCGUCCGACUCUCCUGCACCACUUCCUUGCUCCACGUACGACCUCCGCACCAGGACCCCAGGCUCUGUCGUACAGUCUCUUGGGCCACCACCCUCAGCCAGUCUCCAACUCCCCCCUCAGCCAGUCGAAGGGGAGGGGUAG